GGCAGUGAUGAGCGGCUAAUGCCUGCUGGUGCAUUUAACAGAAGAAGAGGAAUGUCCUCUGCGUAGAGAUUUCAAACAUGGGCUCAAGAGUAACACGCCUGAUUAGAAACUUUAAUAUAGAGAAUCGCGCUCACCGAGAAAUAAGCAAGACAAAACCUAAAGCAGCACCACGGCAUCCAGCAUCAAGCAGUACUCCACAAGAAGGCAUUGCGGAGAUUCACCAGAAGAAUGAUCCUCUGCUGGCGAUGCUCAAGGACGUUUAUGUGGAGUCUAAAGAUCCAGUUCCUCAGGCUGAAGCAGUUCCUGUGGUUAAGAAGGUCGAGGAGGAGACGCAGCGCAGGGUGCUGAAGUACAGUCUACCGGGCGACCCCUAUGGUUUCUGUGAUGUCACUGAUGUUCCCAAAGGCAAACUGUCGCUUGUGGAAGCUUUAACUGCCCUGAACAAUCACAAACGCUUGCCUAAAACAUGGACUCCAGAGAAGCUGGCACAGGAGUACUCUCUGGACCCAAAAGAUGCCAAAGCGCUGACAGAAUUCUUUUUUCCCUUUGACGUCAAAAUCAUUCCACCAAAAACAGAGGAGACUAAGCAGAUUAAGGAUUCUUGGCACGUAUGAACACUGUUGCAUACAGACUCGAGCCGUCUCUGAAACACGCACAGUAUCUAAAGACAUGUGUUUUGACAUGUUGCUUGUAGUGUGUUUGUAUUAUUUGUUUUUGAAGGGCCUGUCAUAAUUAUUUAUUCAUUUGUUGUCUCGUUUAAAGCAUGGCAUGUCCAACAUGUAUUGUAGUAAUAACUUAACUAAGAUAAGGUGGACUGGAAAUCUUAUGUCAAUCAGAUCAGAAAUGCUGCCUUAUGUUUAUGUGAACACUGCUGUUUGCAUCUGUUUUCACUGACAAUAAAUCAGUUGCCCCUGCAUU